AUGGAAGCUAAUUGCUCAUCAUUCUCUAGAUUUUUCAUUUGGCUUUCUAACGCUGCGAAGCCUAAGGCAGUGGCACAAUUUAUUAUUGAUGCUUAUCGGCUUCUUCCUCCUCAUCUCAUUCUCUCGAUCCAAACGGAUUAUCGGAAUAUCCAGGGUCCACCCGAUGAAACGCUUGAUCUUGAAGGAGUAAAAGGGCGUGCCAUUCAACAUGGUUUAGUUGAAACGGCAAAGAUCACAAAUGCAUGGAUUAUAACAAAUGGGAUUUAUAAUGUUAUGAAUCGACUAGUAGGUGAAGGAUUGUGUGAUGACGUCUUUGGCGAUGAUAUUCCUUGUAUAGAUCACAAUGAACUAGAAAUUAAGCUAGUAGAAUUGCCGCAUUUAAUCCAACGCAGUAAGGAAACGCUGUAUUCAGAUGAGAGCACUCACGUCAUAAUCACAUGUGAGGAUGAACCUGCUAGCCAAAACAAUGGAACACAAGAACCUGCAUUCUGGUUCCUUAGGAAAUGGCCACGUGUUUUCAGUAGUGGAGCAACCGCUAGUUGCUUAAAUGCCAGCACAACUACUGAAUCGAUACCUCUGUUUAUUUGGCUUUAUAACACUACAGAAUCAUUUGCAGUGUCACGAUUCAUUGUUGAAGCUUAUCAACUUCCUCCUCCUCAUCUCAUUCUCUCAAUCCAAACAGAUUAUUUGAAUAUUCAGAAUUCACCCUGUGAAACGUUUAAACUCGAAGGAGAAUUAGUGCGUGCCAUUCAACAUGGUUUAGUUGAAACGAUAAAGAUAACAAAUGCAUGGAUUAUAACAAAUGGCAUUAAUAAUAUUAUAAAUCGACUAGUAGGUGAAGGAUUGCGUGAUGACGUCAUUGGCUAUGAUGUUCCUUGUAUCGGUUUGUGCAACUGGUCAUAUGAAGAAAGCCACAAUCAGUUAGUAGAAUUGCUGCCUUUAACUCAAAACAGUAACGAAGCGUCGCAUUCAAUUCAGAGUACUGACGAAGCAGGUAACCUUGAGGAGGGACGUGCUAGUCAAGACAAUGAAAUAGAAGAACCUUCAUCCUGGCUCUCUCAGAAAUGUCCACGAAUUUUCAAUAGUGGAGUAACGGCUAGUUGUUUAACUGCCGACACACCUACUGAAUUGAUACCUUUAGUAAAAUAUUGGAAUAAUAUUCCAAAAGUUGUGUUACUACUCGGUGGUAAUUUUACAACAUUACGUGCUUUACUUGGAUAUUUAGACAAUCAAACACCUAUCGUCGUUGUUCGAGGCACUGGUGGACUUGCUGAUAAAAUUGCUUAUAUUGCCGAUGACACGACUUUAAUUGAUACAGAAACUAAUGAGAAUGUAAAAGAAUCUGAAAUAAAAUCUACACUCGGUCUUGAACGUUACAAUCACAAUAAUCUUGCCAUCAAUAUACUAAAAAGUAAAGCUAAGGCAUUCUUUGGUUGCUUUCCAUUGGAUAUAGCACGUCAUGCUAAUUGUAAAGCAUUUCUCGCCAGUGAUACGGUUCAAAAAUAUAUCAGUCAAAAGUGGUAUCAUCGUUUUGAUGAUCAACGUCAAUUCUUGAAAAUGCAUAUUUCUAUUUGGGUUGGUCAAUGA